UCUUGUUCUAUGUAACGUUUCCCAGUUAACAGUGAGUUAGGAUCGAUGUCGCUGGCUCCCACAACUCCACUUGCAUUAAGAUCCUAGAGAAGAAGCUCUGGAACCCUCGUCCCUAACUAUACGGAGAUGGCACUAAGAGGUGUUUGGCAACUUCAGAAGUUGGUAGUGAGCUAUUGUGAUUGGGGAGGCAGUAGCAUGGGUUUAAGGGCAUUUAUGGAGUCUCAUUUGCCAGCUCUCAAGGAGGUCAAUCCCCAUCUGGAAGUAGUCACUGAGCUCAAUCGUGGUCAACAUCCAUUCUUGAAGGGAUUAUACAAAAACAAGAAUGAGCGUGUUGUAUCUGUUAAAAACUUGGCCCCGGAUGAAAUUCUGUCACAAGCUACAAGGCUAAGGAAUUCACUUGGGCGAAAAGUGGUGAAGUUGAGGACAAUACAUGUUACUAAACACCCAAGUGUUCAAGGCACUUGGAGUACAAAAUUGAAGGUGUAAGCCAAGUGGUCAAAUAUGAAGGACAGGACCUUUGGUUUGUUUUCUUUGAAUCCUGUAUUUUGGCACUGCCACAUAGCUUCCACUGUUUUUUGGUGAAACUGCUGCAGUGGUGGCUUUUUAAUUUGUUUCCUAGGACUGAAUUAAUAAUAUGUUGUCACUGACAUAUUGGUUUCAUCUUAACAUUUCAAACAAAGUCUUCUGAUUGAGUUCCAAGAUUUAAGAAUGUAUUUCCUUGUGAACUUCUUUAUUUUUAAUUCAAGUGUAAAUAUUACAAACUUGGAAGUUUGUAAUAUUUAUGAAA